UUCUAGUUCCAGCUGAGCCUGAAGUGUUGGACCUGCCGUCAGCAGGCUCAGGCGCUCAGCUCCCAGCCGGACACCUCACCAUGGCCACGAAGGUAGACAGUAGGCCCGAGGGGCUCCCCAGCAGUAGCUGUGACCUGGGCGCAGCCCGCGAGCACAUGCAGGCGGUCACCCGAAACUACAUCACCCGCCCCCGUGUCACCUACAGGACUGUGUGCAGCGUCAACGGGCCCCUGGUGGUGCUAGACCAAGUCAAGUUUGCCCAGUAUGCCGAGAUUGUCAAUUUCACCCUGCCCAACGGGACUCAGAGGAGCGGGCAAGUGCUCGAGGUGGCUGGGACCAAGGCAAUUGUGCAGGUGUUUGAAGGGACCUCUGGGAUCGAUGCCCAGAAGACCACCUGCGAAUUCACAGGGGACAUCCUACGGACUCCAGUGUCGGAGGACAUGCUGGGUCGGGUUUUCAACGGCUCCGGCAAGCCCAUUGACAAGGGGCCAGUGGUCAUGGCGGAGGAUUUCCUGGAUAUCAAUGGCCAGCCCAUCAACCCCCACGACCGCAUCUAUCCUGAGGAGAUGAUUCAGACAGGCAUCUCUCCCAUUGACGUCAUGAACAGCAUUGCCCGUGGUCAGAAGAUCCCCAUCUUCUCAGCGGCUGGGCUCCCACACAAUGAGAUUGCUGCCCAGAUCUGCCGCCAGGCUGGGCUGGUGAAGAAGUCCAAGGCUGUGCUGGACUAUCACGACGACAACUUUGCCAUCGUCUUUGCAGCCAUGGGGGUGAACAUGGAGACAGCCAGGUUCUUCAAGUCUGACUUCGAGCAGAAUGGGACCAUGGGGAACGUCUGCCUCUUCCUGAACUUGGCCAAUGACCCCACGAUCGAGCGGAUCAUCACUCCGCGCCUGGCGCUGACCACCGCAGAAUUCCUCGCUUACCAGUGUGAGAAGCACGUGCUGGUCAUACUGACUGACAUGAGCUCCUACGCAGAGGCCUUGCGGGAGGUGUCGGCUGCUAGAGAGGAGGUGCCUGGGCGCCGAGGCUUCCCUGGAUACAUGUACACAGACCUGGCCACCAUCUACGAGCGGGCAGGCCGCGUGGAAGGCCGGGGCGGAUCCAUCACUCAGAUCCCCAUCCUCACCAUGCCCAAUGACGAUAUCACCCACCCGAUCCCAGACCUGACGGGCUUCAUCACAGAGGGACAGAUCUACGUGGACAGACAGCUUCAUAACAGACAGAUCUACCCCCCCAUCAACGUGCUCCCUUCCCUGUCACGGCUAAUGAAGUCCGCCAUCGGGGAGGGUAUGACGAGAAAGGACCACGGAGAUGUCUCCAACCAACUGUAUGCCUGCUACGCCAUUGGGAAGGACGUGCAGGCCAUGAAGGCAGUGGUGGGGGAGGAGGCGCUCACUUCAGAGGACUUGCUCUACCUGGAAUUCCUGCAGAAAUUCGAGAAGAACUUCAUCAACCAGGGCCCCUACGAGAACCGCUCCGUGUUCGAGUCGCUGGACCUGGGAUGGAAGCUGUUGCGCAUCUUCCCCAAAGAGAUGCUGAAGCGCAUCCCGCAGAGCGUGAUCGAUGAGUUCUACUCCCGCGAGGGGGCGCCGCAGGACCUCAUGUCCGACACCGCCCUCUAGGCCGCCCGCAGCCUCGCCCUGGGAGCACGGU